GAUGUGUUCGUUGCAAAUAGUUGUUCUUUCAAAAAAAAAAAAAAAAUACAGAAAAGUCUUGCUUCUCUUUUUUUUUUGGUCCAUGCCGAUCCCUUCGUGUACUUCCAGUUUACUUCCGUAUUAUUCAGUCUACUCCGCAUCACUGUGUUAUGACUUUUUUGUCAGGCUCUGCUGUUUGGUGAACACAUUUCGUGAAGCAAAGACGUAAAAGCAUGAAGAUUGUAACUUGGAACAUUAAUGGCAUCAGGACUUUUAAAGGUGGAAUUAAAAAGGUUUUUGAUUCGCUGGAUGCAGACAUAAUAUGUGUGCAAGAAACCAAAGUAACAAGAGACCUACUGGAUGAGAGGACUGCAAUUGUUGAAGGUUAUAACUCUUAUUUCAGCUUCAGUCGUGGACGUAGCGGCUACUCAGGAGUGGGGACUUACUGUAAAGACAGUGCCACCCCAUUUGCUGCGGAGGAGGGCCUGACCGGCCUGCUGACCACCAACCAUGAGGGGAAUGUUGGAUGCUAUGGUGACCAGAGAGAGUUUUCCAUUGAGGAGCUAAAGCUCCUAGACAAUGAGGGCAGGGCUGUUCUCACACAGCACAAAGUCUUAUGUGAAGAACGACCUGAAACCGUUACGGUUAUCAAUGUGUACUGCCCACGAGCAGACCCAGAAAAGCCUGAACGAAAGCAGUUCAAAAUGCGGUUCUAUAAGCUGCUUCAAGGUCGGGCUGAAGCCAUUUUGGAAACUGGGAGCCAUGUAAUAAUCUUGGGGGAUGUGAAUACAUCCCAUCGGCCUAUGGACCACUGUGACCCAGCUGACAUAGAUGAUUUCGAAGAGCACCCUGGAAGGAAAUGGCUAGAUAGCUUCCUAGUUGAUGGCAGUAAAGAAAAGGAGAGUAUGCAAGACCAUGAUGAUGACGAAGACUCUCUGACUUCAUCAACAAAUUCCAUCCAGAGUGGCAAGUUUGUGGACGCUUUCCGUCAUUUCCACCCAACACGCUCCAAAGCCUUUACCUGUUGGAACACAAUGACUGGAGCCAGGCAGACGAACUAUGGUACACGCAUUGACUACAUCUUUGCCGACCACCUGUUCUUCAAGAAACAGUUUGUGGCGGCAGACAUCAUGCCAGAGGUGGAGGGCUCGGAUCAUUGCCCUGUCUGGGGACAACUGAGAUGCCCGGUCCUCUCCAGCUCAAAGCCACCCCCCCUCUGUUCCCGCCACCUGCCUGAGUUUGCUGGCAGGCAGCAGAAAUUAUCACAUUUCCUGGUUAAGGUGGACCAAGACCAACCGUCCUCAGAGGCUAUUAGAGAUACUCUUCCAGCAUCUCAGGAGGCUGGAGAGACCAGGGAGAACCUGAAUCCACUGGGGACUUGCACCAGCUCUGGAAAGAAGCGGACGUCAGCGGUAGAGCCAAAUGUCCCAAAGAGCAAAAAGAUUAAGACAGUAAAGACUGCCCUAAAGCCCCAGGGCAGCCUCCUAGCCUUUUUCAAACCCAGAUGUACACCCGUGGAAGCGCCUGUCAUUCAGUGUGAGAGGGUACAGGAAGGGAAUAAAGUCAACCCAUCACAUGCCAUCAGGGCAGGACAAGCUGUCCCGUCAGUUAAAAGCUCGGAUACAGAAGAUUCCCAGGGAGUCUGCAUGGGAAACAAAGUCCUGGCUCCUGACAGCAACAAAGACAGUGUGAGUAGUCUAAACCAGGGGAGUUCCGAGGCCCGGGCUUCAGAACCGACUUUAGACCUCGCAUGUCCCAGGAAGGGGGUGUCACUGGGGGGGUUCUGGAAGACGGUCCUUCGUGGCCCACCCCCACCACCCCCCUGUAAGGCACAUGGGGAACCCUGCGUCCUACGCACAGUCAAGAAGGCGGGACCGAACCUGGGCAAACAGUUCUUUGUGUGUAAUCGCCCUCAGGGCCAUGCGUCCAAUCCUGAAGCUCGCUGUAACUUCUUUUCUUGGGUGGAUCAAGGAAAGCGUUAACUAUGCUGUGGCAACACACUGACAUUUCUGCCAUUUGUUUACUAAGUGUUAUUCAUAUCGGUGAAAUAAAGAAACACAGUUUAUAAAUUGUCAGCAUGCCACGUAUUUCUCCAACGUAUUUUUACAUGAUCACUUUCUGAAGCUGACCUAAGCUUACUGUUGGUAUUUACUCUCUGUAGCUCUUCGUCUAUAAUAAAACAUUAACAGACA